AUGAGUGUACCCUUCGAAAUGACAACCAAGAACUUAAGCGGUCAUUGGGCCCUUAACAAAUUGCUCUCCGACAACACCGAGUCUGCUUUGGCGUUACAGGGCGUCAGCUGGAUCACACGUAAAGCUCUGAACAAGGCUCCCGUCUCGAUAACAAUCUCACAAUACAUCGACCAAGAUGGCAUUUAUCAUCUGAACACGACACAGCAGGCUCUUGGCAGGAUGGUGGUUCAAAAGGCCAUUCUCGACGGCAAGGCUAUAGAUCUUGACCACCCUUUAUUUGGCAAGGUUACCAUACUCCAAGCUUGGACAUCUCUCUCUGCCAUCGAGACCGAGUUUCUUAGAGAAGGGUCCCAGGAUGGACCACAAGAGGUGAUCGAGAUGAAAAUCUUUCACAAAUCGGAUGGAUGGCAGUCUCAUCAGGUCUUCGGUAUCGAGCUGAUUGACGGCAAGAGACGACACACAAGACGUAUGAUUGUCAGAAAUGGCUCCACGGUCUCGAGGACGAGGCUUGUCUACGACUGGAAGGGAGUGGACUGA